AUGUCUCCAAAUCUACGCCCGUCUGGGCAUUGCGACGACCAUGCCGACAACGCUGACUAUUUCGCCAGAGCCUUUGAAGGCCAGCAGCCCGAGGUGAAGGAGCAGGAUGCCACUCCCAAACCAUUUUCCGACGCCUGGAGGUUUACUCCCUCCCUCAUGGAUCCCAACUCGUAUGCCUUUAGUGCCUUCGCCAACCAACCUCCGGGAUACUACACUCCUACACCUGGUGGCUUUGGAACCCUCUACCACCCUCAAGCGGGCGACCUUCACACGCCCGGCAUGGGAAUGAAUACCCCUCUAUCACUACCGCACUCGGUCCACGGGCUACACGCACAGGACCACUUGAUGCAUCUCCAGCACUUCAAUCCGCACCUCCUACACCAGCCUCACCCAUUUCAGGAUCCUUUCCAUCCUCAGCCACCCCCUAUUCAUGUCCCUUCGCAGCAACCACAGGUGUAUGCUCCUCAGCAGUUCCUGCAACAUCAGGACUCUGGCUAUGUCGCCAUGGACGAGACUCCUCAUAAGACAACUCCGACACAGCCCGACAUAGGCAUUGAGCAGCAGACUAUCAACCAACCUAUGCGACCGUCUAUUUCUGGAAGCGCUGCCUUGACCAGUCUACCUCCGGGACAGAAAUUUCGAUUUCACACGACGUUGAACGCCCCCACAGCGAUGGUCCGCCAUGCGGAUGAAAUCCCCAUCACGUACCUCAACAAAGGCCAGGCUUACACCAUGUCAAUUUGGGACACCGCUCCUCCCACACGGCAGAACACUCCUCUCAAGUAUCGUACUUACGUCCGCGUGUCCUUCGAAGACGAACAGCAAAGGGCGCGACCCGGCGCAUGUUGGCAGCUCUGGAAGGAAGGCCGCGGGUCGAACGAAGCCCACCAGCGAGGCGGGAGACUUCUGGCUGUGGAAUUCGUCGAACCAAAUCCGAGUGGAGAGGAUGACCUGCGGAAACCUCCAGCUGUGCAAAUUGAGAAAGCCUCCUUCGAUGGUUUCGCAGUAACUUGGUCACCAAAUUCCGUCAAUGGGAGUCCCGAUUGUUCCAUAUCAGUUCGUUUCAACUUCUUGUCGACAGACUUCAGCCACUCUAAGGGAGUCAAGGGCAUACCAGUCAGACUCUGUGCCAAAACUGAGCUGCUCACUGCGCAGCCAAGCAGUAGCAACAAGCCGGAGGUGUGCUAUUCCAAGGUCAAGCUUUUCCGUGAUCAUGGCGCAGAGCGCAAACUCUCAAACGACGUCGCACAUGUGAAGAAAACAAUCGACAAGCUCAAACAGCAGAUCGCCCAAGCUGAAGCAGGCGUGGGAAGCGCCACAAAGAGGAGGAGAAGCAGCUCAAUCGCAAAAGCCUCAACAUCCAAAGCUGGAAAAGUUAUGAAACACAAGCGGACCUGGUCUGUCGACUCAGAAGCAGAGGGCGUCAAGUUCUCCGCGGAAGAGGACCUUCAAAUGAAGCUGAUCAGCAUGCAAGAUAUGUUUUCGUCGACAAGACCUAUCAGCAUUUUGUUUUUGCCUGGUGCACCCGAAGAUGAUCCGGAUCUGUACCCCGUCAAACUACCCGGAGACGACCCUGAAGGCAGAGAAAUCGUGCGGACCGGGACGUGGGAGUCGAGACAGAGUGCAUCUGAUUCCCCCACGUCAAAUGCUGGUUCACCAUCUUCGAGCUCAGCCUCACAGGCCACCCCGAAGAGAAAAUUUUCCGACCUGCAGCAGACUGCCAUCCUGGAAGAGGGCGAAAGCGAGUACGAUCACGAUCACGCCGGAGGCGUCUCCAGGUCGAGGCCGGUGAAAAUUCCCAAAACCGAGGAGGAACCUGUCACUAGACAGGAGCUUUUUGCUGUUGAUGUGGACAGCAACUAUCUGCCCCCUGUGGAACGGCCCAUCCGGCCAGUUGCGUGCUUCUACGUGCGCCAAAAAGAUGCAGCCAAAGAAUACUAUCGCGCAGUCUACUUGAUGCAGCGUACUGUCAAAGACCUGGUCAACAAUAUUGCAACGAAAUUCCAGAUCGAUCCUCAGAGAGUUACUCAGGUCACACAUGUCAAUUCUCGCGGGCUUCACAUCAUCGUAGACGAAGAUGUUGUAAGAGAACUUCCCGAGGGACAAGAUAUGAUUGUUGAAUUCACGCCGCUCGACGCCGAUCAGCCGGUCAAAAACGAAUUCAUCGCGCCCACCGCGGCAGAAGUGAAGGUCGACAGCGAGAUACCACCUACGGAGUCAUUUGUUUCGGACCCGUUGGAGAUGUGGUUGAACUAUUGA